GAUUUUCCUCACCAUUUUGUCGACGGGUUUCUAGUUCAUCUAGUACCGUCAUCCUUUUUAUUAUAUCUUCUAGAGAUAUAUAGGGUCUUACUCGAAUGUCGGUAUCGUCGUGACUACGAGCGCAACUUAACAGAAGAUCACGUUGCUUCUCCGACCCUAGGUUUACCUUAAGGAUCAACACUGUCGUCGGUUCUCUUACCUAUCCUUAUCAAUACUUUGACCUGAACUCCUUUCGAGUUAUCCGGCUCGUCUUGUUAAAAAUUAUGGUUUAUUUCCUAUGAACCUUUACUGUCGAAUUCGCAUUGGGGAUGCCAUCUUUGAAACUCAGACCGCACUUUCAGCUGGCAAACGUCCUUUUUGGAAUGAAACAUUCCAGUGUUGGUUACAUGGUGAUGUUGACAGAUUAACAGUAGAAGUGUUUUCAGAAAAUGUCUUAUUUUCCGAUUCACAAGUAGCUAAUGCUGUGAUAAUUUUCCCUCCAUCUUUAUUUGAUGGUGUUGCUUUAAAUCAAUGGUUUUCGCUCAGUGGAAAGCAAGGAAAAGAUUUAGAAGGUUCAAUUAAUCUGAUUUUUCGAUGUCGAAAAGUACCAGUAAACCUUCCAGUUCUACAGUCCAAUCCAUUAUAUUGUCAACCGCGACUAGGUGAAAUCGGUGGUAUGACAGUAUUACCUAAACCAAUAUCUACUGAAGAUGUUCAAUCAAUACAUGAAAUUUUCCCAUCUGUUGAAGAUGAUACAAUUCACUCACUUUUAACAACACAUCAUGGAAAUCGAGAAGUUGUUAUCAAUGAACUACUUCGUAUGACAUCAGAAACUUAA